AACGACAAGCGAGCAUCAGCGCGUAGCUCAACGGCUUUCUUCCUUCUUCUCCUUUUGCCUUUCCUCCUCUUCUUUUUCCUUUUCUUGUUCUCCUUGUUGACGGACAACCACCGAGGCUGAUCAAGCGGAACCACUGGACGGCACCGGAAGAGGAGACCCGUGCACAAAAAGAAGACCACCUCGCACCUCCACCAACUCGAGAACAUGGUGUCUCUCAACAACGGUGUGACUUAUUAACCAAUCAGCAGCCGGAGAGGAGACGUUGGGCAUGGGCCGCAUUUGUCGGCCCGACGGUGGCGCCGUUCCCCUCCUGGCGCUCUCGGUGGCAUUGUCCUGGUUGGUGGUGCCGUGUCGCACUGACAGCGUGCCGAGCUUCAUGAAAUCGCCCGACGACCAGACGGGCAUCUCGGGGGGCGUGGCCUCCUUCGUAUGCCAGGCGCUGGGCGAGCCCAAGCCGCGCAUCACCUGGAUGAAGAAAGGCAAGAAAGUCAGCUCUCAGCGAUUUGAGGUGAUCGAGUUCGAUGACGGAUCGGGUUCGGUUUUGCGCAUACAGCCGCUGAGGACGCACCGUGACGAGGCCGUCUACGAGUGCACCGCCGCUAACAGCCUGGGGGAGAUUAACGCCAGCGCCAAACUCACUGUUCUGGAAGAGGAGCAGAUCCCUCAUGGCUUCCCGAGCAUUGACAUGGGUCCUCAGCUGAAGGUGGUAGAGAGGACGCGCACGGCCACCAUGUUGUGUGCCGCCAGUGGAAACCCAGACCCCGAGAUCUUCUGGCUCAAGGACUUCCUGCCCGUGGACAUCGAAAGCAGCAGCGGACGGAUCAAGCAGCUGCGCUCGGGUGGUACACCGAUCAGAGGCGCUCUUCAGAUCGAGAACAGCGAGGAGUCAGACCAGGGCAAGUACGAAUGCGUGGCCGUCAACUCAGCGGGUACCAGAUACUCUGCUCCGGCGAACCUCUACGUGCGAGACCAGCGAGAAGUUCGUCGCGUGCCACCCCGUUUCUCCAUCCCGCCAUCCCACCACGAGGUGAUGCCGGGGGGCAGCGUGAACCUGACGUGCGUGGCGGUGGGGGCGCCCAUGCCUUACGUCAAGUGGAUGAGCGGCGAGGCCGAGCUGACCCGCGAGGAGGAGAUGCCCAUCGGACGCAACGUAUUGGAACUGGCCAACAUCCGCCAGUCGGCAAACUACACCUGCGUGGCCAUCUCCUCGCUGGGUGUGAUCCAGACCACGGCGCAGAUCACCGUCAAAGGUAAAAUAAACGCUGUUCCUUCAAUGGUGGUGACAGAGACCACCGCCACCAGCGUCACCCUAACGUGGGACUCGGGCACCUCGGAGCCUGUGUCCUACUACGUGAUCCAAUACCGGGCCAAGGCAUCGGACAACGGCUUCCAGGAGGUGGACGGCGUGGCCACUACCCGCUACAGCAUCGGGGGUCUCAGCCCCUUCUCCCAAUAUGACUUUCGGGUGAUGGCGGUCAACAACGUGGGCCGGGGGCCCCCGGGGGUUGUGGUGGACACACGCACCAGCGAGCAGGCGCCCUCCUCGCCUCCUCUCCGCGUCCAGGCCCGGAUGCUGAGUCCCACUACUGUGUUGGUCCAAUGGGAGCCCCCCGAGGAGGCCAACGGGCAGGUCUGUGGCUACCGGGUCUACUACAGCGCCGAUCCACAGGAGCCGCUCGGCGCCUGGGACAAACACAACACGGAUGACAGCCAGCUGACCACCGUGGCAGGACUGGUCCCAGAUCUCACCUAUGGAUUCAGGGUGCUCGCCUUCACCUCGGUGGGGGACGGACCCCCGUCUGACGUCUUGCUCAUCAAGAUGCAGCAAGGAGUUCCUGCUCAGCCAACGGAUUUGGAGGCCGAAGCCGAGCUGGACUCUCGCAUCAUGCUGUCCUGGCUCUGGCCCGUCCAGGACCCGAUCGUCGGGUAUGAGCUGCGCUACUGGGAGGCCAGCGACCCCCAGGAGAAGCACAGCGUGACCUUUGAACCCACCGGAUCGUACGCCGUGGACGGCUUGAAAGCGGACACCGUCUACGUCUUCACCCUGGCCGCCAGGUCUGAGACGGGCUUAGGAGUCUUCACAAGACCCAUCGAGUGCAGGACCGCCCGAACCACCCCCUCGGUGCCCCCCCAGGACGUCCGCUUGCUCAGCUUGAGCUCCACCAGCAUCCAAGUGAGUUGGGCGGCGCCGCCAGCCGCCACCGGGACCUACGAUGAUGCCACCGCCGUCACCGGCUACUCCCUCACCUACCACGCGCUGGCCAGGGAGGAUGCGCAGCGCCACCAGGUGUUGGCCAUCGGCGCAGACGUGCGCAGCUUUGUCCUGGAGGGUCUGGAAAAGUGGACAGAAUAUACCGUGUGGGUGCGAGCACUCACCGAUGUCGGGCCUGGACCGGCGAGUCCGCCGGUCCGUGUCAGGACGCAGGAGGAUGUGCCCGGAGCACCGCCCAGAAAAGUGGAGGCGGACGCCGUCAACGCCACGGCGGUCCGCGUGAGCUGGAAGCCGCCGCUGUCCAUCAGGCAGAAUGGCCACGUGCGAGGCUACCAGAUCAUCUACUCCAGGAUGGAGCGUGGCGAGCCUCACGGCCAGCCCCUCAUCAUGGACGUCGCCCACCCCGACGCUCAGGUACACCGACCGUCCUCGCUUGCUUUCACUUCCAAGCAGAAACUAUUGGGAAAAUGUUGGAGGUCGGACAAAAGUAUUCAGACAUCAACAGCAAGUGAAGAAAACGUGAAGCUCAUACAAAGUACAGGGACAUUCACAGAGAAUGGAGAGUUAAGAGAAGUGCAGAGGAGCUCAGACAUUUUCUUGCCCGGAGCACCGCCCAGAAAAGUGGAGGCGGACGCCGUCAACGCCACGGCGGUCCGCGUGAGCUGGAAGCCGCCGCUGUCCAUCAGGCAGAAUGGCCACGUGCGAGGCUACCAGAUCAUCUACUCCAGGAUGGAGCGUGGCGAGCCUCACGGCCAGCCCCUCAUCAUGGACGUCGCCCACCCCGACGCUCAGGAAGCCAUCUUGACGGGCCUGCUGCCGGAGACCAGCUACUCACUGACGGUGGCGGCAUACACCACCAAGGGAGACGGCGCCCACAGCAAAGCCCGGCUGGUCACCACCACGGGGGAGGGCGUGAAAGUCAUGCUGCGGCUGCCCGGGGUCCCACCGGGAACCCCGUUCAGGUGGUUCUACAUCGUGGUGGUUCCGCUCACCCCAGCGUCCCUGAAGUGGGAGAACCCUGACGAUAUGGAUCUCCAAGCGCUCCUGCAAGGUGAAUAUGACGCCCGAAGGAAGAGGAGGCAACCCGAGAGCAACUUCCUGCAGCCGUACGUGGCGGCCAGGCUGGACUCGCUUCCCGAGGUUUUCACGCUGGGUGACGGCCACGACUACCACGGCUUCCGCAACAAGGCGUUGCCGGGGCAACAGCAGUACCGAUGCUUCGUGCUGGCCGAGCUGACGGAACGCGAGUCUCAGAGAACGCUGGUGGCCAGUCCAUUUUCGGAAGCCAUCCUGGUGAAGCUCCACAGCGGGAUGGUGCGCCACUCCGAGGACCCCGAGAUGCUUUGGGUGAUGGGACCCGUGCUGGCCGUCAUCCUCAUCGUCAUCAUCGUCAUCGCCAUUCUUCUCUUCAAGAGCAAACAAGAAAGGAAGCGAACGUCUCCAUCGUCCAAAGAUGAGCACAUGGCGGGCGUGAAGGACUCGCUGCUGGCCCACUCAUCCGACCCCGUGGAGAUGAGGAGGCUAAACUAUCAGACACAGGGUGGCGGCACCCUCAGUUGUCCAACCACACCAAGAAUGAGACAACAUCCUCCCAUUGCCGCUUGCGACCUGGCUGACCACAUUGAUCGACUCAAGGCCAACGACGGCCUGCGUUUCUCGCAGGAGUACGAGUCCAUUGACCCCGGUCAGCAGUUCACAUGGGAACAUUCCAACAUGGAAAUCAACAAGCCAAAGAAUCGCUACGCCAACGUCAUCGCCUAUGACCACACCCGAGUCCUCCUCACACCCGUGGACGGAGUCCCCGGCAGCGACUACAUCAACGCCAACUACGUGGAUGGCUACAGGAAGCAGAACGCCUACAUCGCCACGCAGGGACCGCUGCCCGAAACCCUUGGAGACUUCUGGAGGCUGGUGUGGGAGCAGCGCACCUCUACUAUUGUCAUGAUGACGCGCCUGGAGGAGAAGUCGCGGGUGAAGUGCGACCAGUACUGGCCCAGUCGUGGUACUGAAACCUACGGCAUGAUCCAGGUGACCAUGUUGGACACUGUGGAGUUGGCCACCUACAGCAUACGCACCUUUGCACUCUAUAAGAAUGGUUCCAGCGAGAGGAGGGAAGUGCGCCAGUUCCAGUUCAUGGCCUGGCCCGAUCACGGAGUCCCUGAGUAUUCCACCCCCACUCUGGCCUUCCUGCGCAGGGUUAAAGCCUGCAACCCCCCGGACGCCGGACCCAUGGUGGUCCACUGCAGCGCGGGGGUCGGGCGCACGGGUUGCUUCAUGGUGAUUGAUGCCAUGCUGGAGCGCAUGAAGCACGAGCAUUCGGUGGACGUGUAUGGACACGUCACCUGCAUGAGAGCCCAGAGGAACUACAUGGUCCAGACCGAGGACCAAUACGUCUUCAUUCACGAGGCCCUGCUGGAGGACGCCGUGUGCGGAAACACCGAGGUGGCCGCUCGGAACCUCUAUGCGCACAUACACAAGCUCAGCCACGUGCCUCCUGGGGAGACCGUCACCGCCAUGGAGCUGGAGUUUAAGAAGUUGGCCAACUCCAAAGCACAUACCUCACGUUUCAUCAGCGCCAACCUGCCGUGCAACAAAUUCAAGAACCGCCUGGUGAACAUCAUGCCUUUCGAGUCCAGCCGCGUCUGUCUGCAGCCCAUCAGAGGCGUGGAGGGCUCCGACUACAUCAACGCCAGCUUCAUCGACGGAUACAGACUGCAGAGAGCCUACAUCGCCACCCAGGGCCCCUUGGCCGAGACCACCGAGGACUUCUGGAGGAUGCUGUGGGAGCACAACUCCACCAUCGUCGUCAUGCUCACCAAACUGCGCGAGAUGGGACGGGAAAAGUGUCAUCAGUACUGGCCCGCUGAGCGUUCAGCACGCUACCAGUACUUUGUAGUGGAUCCCAUGGCCGAGUACAACAUGCCGCAAUACAUCCUAAGGGAGUUCAAAGUGACUGACGCCAGGGACGGCCAGUCGAGGACCAUCAGGCAGUUUCAGUUUAGCGACUGGCCCGAGCAGGGAGUUCCUAAAAACGGAGAAGGCUUCAUCGACUUCAUCGGACAAGUCCACAAAACUAAGGAGCAGUUUGGCCAAGACGGACCCAUCGCUGUGCACUGCAGUGCCGGUGUGGGACGCAGCGGCGUGUUCAUCACGCUCAGCAUCGUCCUGGAGAGGAUGAGGUAUGAGGGCGCCGUCGACGUCUUCCACACGGUCAAGACCCUGAGGACUCAGCGGCCCGCCAUGGUGCAGACAGAGGACCAGUAUCAGCUGUGCUACCGGGCCGCUCUGGAGUAUCUCGGAAGCUUUGACCACUAUGCAACAUAACGAGCACUCUUCUGCCAGCCAUGCCGACUACGCUGCGCCCACAAGCCGCUGCCCGCGAUUCUGGGCAGGAGGGACUGACUCCCAAAUCCUGGCGAACCCUUCCGGGCCCUCGUACACUCGUCGCCCCUUCGUUGAGCUUGUACAAAUAACUUUUGAUCACGUCUUAAUCUUUUCACUUUCUAUAAGCACUGCACAGGACAUGUCUUUUUCAACAUGCGUAUAUUAUGAUCAUGACUAUUAUUAUGAUGAAACUCACCUGCUGCUACUUUGUUUUUUCUAUCAUAGACAUGAUGAUACUCUAAUGUUACUUUUAUUGUUUUUUUGGUGGGGGGUGUCAUCACACUCUGAUGAUAGAGCACCACCUACGAAUGGAUCAAACACAAACGUUUUGGCUGGGAAAUGCUCAACGGGAUGUUGAGCCACAGCAAGUUUGAUUGCACUUCCUGUUAUUCGUAAGUGAGACAUGGCCUAGAGGACAAGAAACAAGUCCUGAGAUUUCAGGAUUUUAGAAAGCUAUAAUAAUAAAACAGAGGAUACUAAAUGACGUGUCACCUCAAAGUUGGGAAAUAUAAUUUGCGCGUCUUAGUGACUUUUCGUCGGGGCGGGAGGUCAAUGACAGCGCCUCAGUCAUCGAUGGAUGAGACAGGAUACAUUAAGUUCAAUAAAUCUCUAUAUAUUUUAUGUUGUUUCGCAUAUGUGAUCUCUCUAUUUUUAAAUAAAAAAUUAUACAAAUGAAA